CAGAUUUAUAGCUGUGUGUCACUUUUGAUUAGCUGCUGGUUGCACAACUGCAGAAACAAAUAUUUCUUUAUUUAUAUAUAAAAUAAAAUAAAAUAAUCCUUUGCUUUCUUUCUCUUACAGCUAAAGUCAUAUCUCCACCCCUCUGAUCACAACAUUUAAAGGUGCUGCAGAAAGAGUUCAGAAUCCAAGUUAAAGUUCUGAGUUGUCAAAACUCUAGAUCUGAGUGAGUGAAGAGUGCUAAAUUUGAUGAAGAAAUUUCAAUUUCAACUUCAACAUGAUUUGAUGUGAAAAACACGCUAAGAAGAAGAACAAAGCAAGCUAGCUUCAAUUCAAUUCAAUGGAUUCAGAUCUUCAGCAACAGCCACCACAGAUGAAUCCUUCACCUGGUUUAACACGGUAUCGAUCAGCACCGAGUUCAUAUUUCUCCGACAUCAUCGACCGCGAAUUCUACGAGCACAUUUUCAACAAACCGUCAAGUCCCGAAACAGAGCGCGUCUUCUCACGGUUCAUGAACAGUUUCAGCGGCGGUGAUGGUGGUGGCGGCGCGACGGCGGAAGAGGAUCAUCCACUGAAAAUCUCAGCAGAUUCAGUGAAACGAGAGCAGGAUCAACAGGGAAUGAACAAUGAAGUUCUACAGAGUAGUACUGAGAUUAUCAAUGAUUAUGGCAACUCUGUUCCUCAUUCUCAACAGAGCUUUUACCAAAGCGCGGUGAAACCACCGUUGCCGAAUCACUAUCUUCAAUCUGGUGGUGGUGGGAAUGGCAAUUCUGGUCUCAUCAGACAUAGUAGUUCACCUGCAGGACUGUUUUCUCAAAUCAACAUUGAAAAUAUGGCAGGCUAUGCUGGUGUGAGGGGCAUGGGAACUUUGGGAGCUGUUAAAAAUUCUCUUGAAGGAGCUAAAUUUUCUAGUGCAAGGAGGUUGAAGAACCAACCAAACUACUCCUCAGGGAUGAUGUCAUCAAUAGCUGAAAUUGGGGACAGAGGCAAUAGAGAAAAUAAUCCAGACAGUGAAGCUUUUGCUGAAGGAAUUGGUAAUGAUUUCAUCACAGGUUUCCCAGUUGGUGCUUGGGAUGACUCUGUAAUGAUGUCUGACAAUGUUAGUGGUCUGAAAAGAUUUAGAGAUGAUGAUGAUGCUAAACCAUUUUCUGGUUUGAAUGGAGCUGAGACUCGGAAUGAAACAGGAGGACAGUCUUCUUCUUUGGUUCAUCAGAUGAGUAUGCCAAAUACUUCAUCUGAAAUGGCAGCUAUUGAGAAGUUCCUGCAUUUCUCAGAUUCUGUUCCGUGCAAAAUUCGUGCCAAGCGGGGUUUUGCCACUCACCCCAGAAGCAUUGCAGAGAGGGUUAGAAGAACUAAAAUUAGUGAGCGUAUGAGGAAACUACAAGAUCUGGUCCCAAACAUGGACAAGCAAACAAACACAGCAGACAUGUUGGACUUGGCUGUGGAUUACAUCAAGGACCUUCAAAAGCAAGCUCAGACGCUUUCAGACUGUCAAGCAAAGUGUACAUGUUCACACAAGCAGCAAUAAUAAUGGCAAAGAGGGAGCUGCCAAUCUCCCAUUGUUGACUUAUGUUUAGUCUCUGUACAGAUUUGUAAUAAUUUGGUUCAAAGAAGCUAGAAUCUAGAUUAGCUUUCCUCUGUUGCUGCACAUGAUAGAAUUAUUUGCCCCUUCUUGUAUUAAAGAAAAGGGGAUGAAGAUAAAUUUAUUCAACGGUUGUUGAGGCAAGGAAGAAAAUUGGUCUAUGAAAAAUUGAGUUUGAUGGCAUAUAAGCCAAGCAGGUACAAAAGUCUUAUGUCUUGUGUAAACGCAUUCAAGCCUCAAAUUAAGGGCAUGAAAACUAGUGAACGAUAUGCUUCUUUCAAAUUGAAUGGCAUAGGACACAUGAUGGGGCCCCGAAACAGACACAAUUUUGUUGGUUAUAAGAUGGGCAUGUGUGAGAUUUUCACUUUCCUGUUUAAUGUGUGUUUGAACACUAGUUGAGUGUAAUCCGAACAAACUUUCAUAUCAAUUCAUAAGAAGAGUUAUGUUCAA